AUGGCUUUCGGGUCGGAAAAUUCUUUGUUUAACAAAUACGAGCUCGGAAAAUUACUGGGCUGCGGUGCAUUUGCCAAAGUUUAUCAUGCUAGAGAUCUCAGAGAUGGCCAAAGUGUAGCCAUCAAAGUGAUCAACAAAAAGAGGCUGAGCAUUAAUCUCAUGGGGAAUAUCAAGCGGGAGAUUUCGAUUAUGCAUAGGUUGAAUCACCUGCAUAUUGUGAAGCUAUAUGAAGUUCUGGCAACGAAAACUAAGAUUUAUUUUGUUUUGGAAUUUGUUAAAGGAGGUGAAUUAUUUGCGAAAGUGGCGAAAGGCCGUUUCGGCGAAGAUCUCAGCCGUAUUUAUUUUCAACAGCUGAUCUCCGCCUUGAGUUACUGCCAUUCACUCGGCGUUUACCACCGCGAUUUGAAGCCGGAAAAUCUGUUACUAGACGAAAAUGGUGAUUUGAAAGUCACCGAUUUCGGACUCUGCGCCGUCACUGAACAGAUCCAUCCAGACGGGCUUCUACACACGAUAUGUGGAACUCCAGCUUAUGUAGCGCCGGAAAUUUUGGCCAAAAAAGGCUACGACGGUGCCAAAAUUGAUGUGUGGUCUUCCGGCGUAAUCCUGUUCGUGCUCACUGCCGGUUUUUUGCCGUUCAACGAUCCGAAUUUGAUGAAUAUGUACCGGAAGAUUUACAAAGGCGAAUUCCGGUGCCCGAAAUGGAUGUCAUCGGAUCUAAAACGGUUUUUGUCUCGAGUUUUGGAUACAAAUCCCAUGACGAGAAUUACCAUCAAUGAAAUCAAGCGUGAUCCUUGGUUCAAAAAGGGCUACAAAGAAAUCAAAUAUUCCCAAAUUGAUAAGAAUAUGGAUACUCUAAAAGAUGAGGACAAAAAACUGUUGGAUUUAAACGCAUUUGAUAUAAUUUCAUUCUCCUCAGGGCUGGAUCUUUUAGGAUUGUUCGAUCAUUCGCACAGCGCGGUAGGGGAUGUGGAGCGGCUGACGGUGACGGAGCCGCCGGAUAAAGUCAUCGAGAAGGUGGAGGAGGUGGUGAAGGGGGAGAAGAAAAAUAUUGUUAUAUUGAGGAGAAAAAAGGAAUUUGGAGUGGAGCUAGAGGGGCAGAAUGGGAAAUUCGUCAUUGGUGUGGAGGUUUACCGUUUGACCGACAGUUUGGCACUUGUGGAGGUGAAAAAGAUAGCUGGAGAUGCAACGGGGUUCACCGAGUUAUGGAAGAAGAAAAUUAGGCCGGUCAUUUUGCCUCAACAGGAGCAGCAGGUUCCCGGUAAUUAG